GCUGUGCCUAGUCAAUCCGAUUCACUCUCCUUCAGUUCCGUUUUUUCGCACCUCCUUUUCCACGGGCACGGCGAGAGCACUGUAUUUUUGUAUUUUAAUUUUCAUUACGCCAUCUCCUGCGCCGUUGUCUACCUCGAAGCGCCGUUUCCUACUCUGUAUUUAUUAUCUGGGCGGCCCUAACCACACCUCACGCGAUCCCACGUCCCACGACCCGGCGACUUUCACGUCAUGGCCAGCAAGGCAGCGCACAAGCGAUUGACUCGCGAGUACAAGACCAUCUCCGAGAACCCCCCUCCAUACAUCACAGCCCACCCCUCCGAAUCGAACAUUUUAGAGUGGCAUUAUGUUAUAACAGGCCCGGAAGACACACCCUACCAUGGUGGCCAGUACUGGGGCACUCUGGUCUUCCCUCCCAACUACCCCUUCGCACCGCCCGCCAUCCGAAUGCACACACCGUCUGGCCGCUUCCAACCGUCAACGCGCCUCUGCUUGUCGAUAUCAGACUUUCACCCUAAAUCUUUCAACCCGGCGUGGGAAGUGUCGACGAUUCUGAUUGGACUGUUGUCGUUUAUGACAAGCGACGAGAUGACGACUGGCUCUGUGUCGGCCACGGCGGCCGAGCGUAAACACAUGGCGUCACGGACAAAGUGGUGGAAUUCUACAGGCGGUGGCUCACAUGCCAAGGCCAACCACGCAGCAAAAGGCAACGUCAAAGCCGGUGAUGGCGGUGCAAAGUUCCGCGCUGAGUGGCCCGAGAUUGAUGCAGAGAACUGGGAAUGGAUGCGCAAGUGCAAGGUCGAUGCGGUUACGGGGAACCGACUUGACGGCGACAACGGCGCAUCGUGUGGUCCUCAACUGGGAAUCUCGGGAACCAGCGGUAACCAGGCGCAAACAGUGGUGGAUGCCGUUGUGCAGCAGCGCGAUGCUGGCCGUGGGUGGCUCUACCGCAAUAAGCUGCUGCUGGCUGGCGGCGUGAUUUUCAUUUACGUUUUGAUUGUACGAUUGGUCAAUGGAGAUGAAGGUUUCAAAGCGUAGAAGGAGCGAGUAGAAACGGUAUUACAUCUCGCAUAUAGACGGAGAGCAAGCAGCAUACACAGUGCAGUGUGUGUUGAUUUUGCCAGGACGGUGGUAGUUUUCUCUUCUCUCAUUAAUAGCAUCAAGCGUUUCUUUUCUCUCUGUUU